AAGGAAGGCUGUUCUUCUCUGGGAUCAGCUCUGAAGUCAAACCCCUCCACUCUGAGAAAACUGGAUCUGAGUGUAAACCAGCUGCAGGAUUCAGGAGUGAAGCUGCUGAGUGGUUUUCUGGAGAGUCCACAUUGUAGUCUGGAGACUCUGAGUCUGUCAGACUGUAAGAUCUCAAAGGAAGGCUGUUCUUCUCUGGGAUCAGCUCUGAAGUCAAACCCCUCCAGUCUGAGAGAACUGGAUCUGAGUGGAAACCAGCUGCAGGAUUCAGACUUGAAGCUGCUGAGUGGUUUUCUGGAGAGUCCACAUUGUAGUCUGGAGACUCUGAGUCUGUCACGCUGUCAGAUCUCAAAGGAAGGCUGUUCUUCUCUGGGAUCAGCUCUGAAGUCAAACCCCUCCACUCUGAGAAAACUGGAUCUGAGUGUAAACCAGCUGCAGGAUUCAGGAAAGGAAGGCUGUUCUUCUCUGGGAUCAGCUCUGAAGUCAAACCCCUCCACUCUGAGAAAACUGGAUCUGAGUGGAAACCAGCUGCAGGAUUCAGGAGUGAAGCUGCUGAGUGGUUUUCUGGAGAGUCCACAUUGUAGUCUGGAGACUCUGAGUCUGUCAUGGUGUAAGAUCUCAAAGGAAGGCUGUUCUUCUCUGGGAUCAGCUCUGAAGUCAAACCCCUCCAGUCUGAGAAAACUGGAUCUGAGUGUAAACCAGCUGCAGGAUUCAGGAGUGAAGCUGCUGAGUGGUUUUCUGGAGAGUCCACAUUGUAGUCUGGAGACUCUGAGUCUGUCAUGCUGUGAGAUCUCAGAUGAAGGCUGUUCUUCUCUGGGAUCAGCUCUGAAGUCAAACCCCUCCAGUCUGAGAAAACUGGAUCUGAGUGAAAACCAGCUGCAGGAUUCAGGAGUGAAGCUGCUGAGUGGUUUUCUGGAGAGUCCACAUUGUAGUCUGGAGACUCUGAGUCUGUCAUACUGUAAGAUCUCAAAGGAAGGCUGUUCUUCUCUGGGAUCAGCUCUGAAGUCAAACCCCUCCAGUCUGAGAGAACUGGAUCUGAGAGGAAACCAACUGCAGGAUUCAGGAGUGAAGCUGCUGUCUGAUCUUUUGGAGAGUCCACAUUGUAGACUGGAGACUCUAAGAUGGACGUGAUCAGCUGAGUGCUGAUGAUCCAGAGAGCAUCUGGAGACUGGGACUGCUCCACCACCUCCACCUGGAUUUGAUUUAGUCGACCACACAGCAGAAGACUUUUAAAAGAUUAGAAGAUUUGUUUUGCUUGGAUGUCCAAGACACAACAACAUGUGUACUAAUUGUUGGACAUUCGUUUGUGUGCCGCUCCGCAGGCCGACAAACACCAGUCAGUGUCCAUUUUAUUUUGAAGGUCAAUUCCAGAAGUCCCCGUUUCAACGUCGGUGAAUUGAAGCCUACUAACCUGCACGGCUCUGUGCACGAGCCUGGAGUGUGUGUCAACUUUAUGAUCAGACACAGACAUGUUUGUUUUCUGCAGAAAUAUUCAUUUUAUGAAGCUCAUUAUAAUAUUAUAUUUUAGUAAUUCUGAGAAAAAUUAAGUCAAAUCAUUCUAAAUCCUAAUGGAAAUAUUAUACUGUUUUUAUUUGUAAUAAUUAUAAUUGAUAUAUCAUAUUGUGAACAGAGUAAAGCUCGAAACCACAAACGUUUCCCUGUUUAUGUAUAAAUACAGUGUACGUACA